GGCAUUAGCAGCUUUAAAUAAACAUCGUGCAUGAAAGGAGCAAAAUCACAAUGCAUUCUUUGCCUGCAAUGCGGUAAGAGUGUGUUCAACUAGACCCGCACGUUAAGCCAGGGUGUUGUCAAGGGCGAAGUGUAGCUGCACCAAAAAAAGAUGUAUCUGCGCGGAUUUGUACUCUACCUAGCCAUCUGCGGCGUAUUUUAUCAUUGUGGUUCAGGUACCCCACUACAAAAAUCCGCUGCUGCUAUCGAUGGAGCCGAUUCUGCUGAACCCAAACCCCCACCCAAGAAGACAGACACGGGAACAAACUCCCUCGAAGACACCGGAGCCACGCUUGAAACCAAAGUUCUUAAGAAGCUGCUGGGGGCUUUAGAGAAAAAGCUCAACAGUGAAAAAGCGACUGAGAAUCAACCAGGUGUGGUUUCGAGGCGAUUCACCAACUCAACCACGUGCUCCAGCGAGACUGACGCGUUGACGGGAGACGCCGGGACAGUGUCACACCUGACAUACGAACACAGCCAGGUCUGUAGGUGGAAAAUUGAGGUUCCCGAUGGCAAACAGGUGCUCCUCGCCUUUGACACGUUCUCUCUGGAACAGCACCGCGCGUGCAAUUACGACAGUUUGUCAAUAUACGAAGGCGAGCCCCUGGAAGACCAGUCGAACAUCAUCGGCCGAAAGCUGUGCGGAACCCUUCCUGCCGACUUCAAGGCACGUUCUGAAGGGAACGUUAUGUACCUAGUUUUCUCGUCGGACGAGUCCGUCCAAGAUGAAGGCUUCAGAGCUCACUGGUCAGCUGCCGAACCAGUUGUAGAUCCUUGUGGCGGGGGAGUAAACCUCACAGCUGAAAGCGGCGUUAUCUUGGCACCAAGGAAACCUGGUGGUCAAAAAUACCCUCGUAAUGCCCGCUGUUCCUGGACGAUCACUGCACCCCCUGGAAAGUACAUCUUCAUGAAAUCAUCAGGCUUUGAUAUCGAACAAGAACCAAGCUGCCAAUACGACAGUCUAAGCAUCUACGAAAACGGUGACGCCGAACCCCUUACGGUGCUCUGCGGGAACAACACGUUCGUAUACGCCUCGGAAGGACGCAAAGUGAAGCUGAAGUUCGCUUCGGAUGAUUCCGUCAAUAAAUUCGGAUUCAUCAUCGAGUACGAGAUGCGCGACGGUACAGGCAGAACUGAUGCGGCCCGCGGAUGUACCGUGGAAACGGUGCUGCAAGCUCCGGGUGUGCUUUCUACAGAAGGGUUUGCUCGGCCCAAUGGAAAGUACCCGCCAAAUCUUAACUGCCAGUGGCUACUUAGAGCGGCUACGGGUCAACACAUUGAAGCAACAUUCGAAACGUUUGAACUGGAAGGCGGUACUAACUGUGAAUACGACUACCUUGAAGCCUACGACGGGGAAACAUCUGACAGUGACAGACACAGUCGUAUGUGCGGCAACUCUAUCCCCGAGGCCAUAAGGUCGACUGGGAAUCACAUGCUGUUGAAGUUCCACUCAGACAGCUCCGUCAAUCGCGCCGGAUUCCGAAUCCGUUAUGAGAUCGAUGGCGUUGUUAACGGUGGAUGGAGCAACUGGGGCAAUUGGAGCGGCUGCAGCGUCACCUGCGGCGGUGGAACGGGCACCAUAAGCCGCCAGUGUAACAACCCGGCUCCCAGAAACGGGGGUGCACCUUGUGUUGGCCAGGCGUCCAGAACGGUGUUGUGUGGCACCAAGCUCUGCCCUGGCACCAGUGAACAUCCGACAUGCCCCCCUCAGGACAACCCUACUCAGCUAAGGGCCCCCAUCACCAUCAAUCCCUGGCCGCGCGGGACGGACUACCCCAGCGGCUCGGACUGUUAUUGGGAAGUAAGCGCUCCUGAGGGAGAGGGGCUGACGUUUUACUUUGGGUUUAUAAACAUAGAACCCGAUGGUGCAAACUGUAAUUAUGACUACGUUGAAAUCAGCGCGCCGAACACCACAUACAAGCAAAAGUUCUGUCGACGUUACCAUGACGACCACGAUUCUGUCCUUGGCAACAGGCUGACCGUUAAAUUCCACAGUGACGGAUCAGUCGGCGGCAGAGGUUUUGUUCUCAUUGUUUACCCCUCGUCGGUGGCCGCAGACUCGCACCAGUGCCCGGCCGACCAGUUCAAAUGUAUCGGCAGCAGCCGGUGUAUUGACAAACAAAGCACCUGCGACGGCAGUCCUCAGUGUGCUGAUGAGAGUGACGAAGCCAAUUUCUUAUGCCACGACUGUGGCGUUCCUACCAAUGAGUAUGCUAAGAGGAUUGUAGGAGGUGAAGAAGUGUCCUUGCAUAGUUGGCCGUGGAUGGUGAGCCUGUUCAGCUACGAGGGGGGCUACCACGUGUGCGGCGGAAGUCUGAUAGCGCCCGAUUGGAUCCUUACGGCUGCGCACUGCGUUGAUGGCGAUUUGUCUACCCCCAGCUACUGGCGAGUAGUGGUCGGAGAACACGACACAGAGGAGGUGGAGGGCUCACCGCUAAAUGUCCAAGUCAGAACCGUGAAGGAAAUCUUCUCCCACGAGGGAUACGAUGGCGGUUCACUUGACAACGACAUAGCCUUGAUGAAGCUCGACAGGCCCGUGACCUACUCCCCUGAACGUAGCCCGGUCUGUCUGCCCGAGCCAGGCGACGCGGUGGUCGCGGGGACAACUUGUUACGUCACCGGUUGGGGAAAACUUGGAGAACAAGAAGGCUCUCCUAGCAUCUUACAAGAAGUUCAAGUCCCCGUGGUCGCGCGUGCAGACUGCAAUGCUGCUAACGCGUACGAUGGAGAAAUAACAUCGAACAUGAUCUGCGCUGGUGUCCAGGGGGGAGGAAAAGACUCGUGCCAGGGUGACAGUGGUGGACCGCUCGUGUGCAACGAAAACGGUAAAUGGAAGCAGUUUGGGGUGGUCAGCUGGGGGAGAGGGUGUGCACGCGCGGGCUUGCCGGGAGUGUACGCUGACGUCACCAAGUACCUGACCUGGAUCGCGCAAAAAAUUAGGAGCUAGUUCCAGAAAUUGACGAAGAUAUAGCGGUUACAGUGCAGAACAUCUCUUUCAACGAAAUCUAUAUAAUGAAGUUUGCCUCAUUCACUUGUAUUGGUACAAAUGUACCGGUAGGCUACAUAGUAAUUAAUCACUGUUUUCUGAUUACUGCAUUUGCAAAUUUUCUACCUUUAGAUUUCUUUAAAAAGUGAAUUCAGACCCGUCAAAUAAUAGGUAUAUUGUACACUUGAAAUGGGUUUCAAAGAAAUGCAACGCCACUGCAUGCAUGAAAAUCCGACGUUCCUUAUAUAAUUUCCAUAUAUACGUACGUCUGUCACUUUCCCCAGUUGGCAGUUCUUUUGCGUGACCUGUUCCGUGUGUUACUUUAAACUGAAACACCAUGGAUUGGAAACAGCCAACUCACUUUGAUAUUUCACGAAAAUUACUCGUGGCUUUGUAUUAUUUUAAGGCAUGCGCGUGUUUGGGACGGCAUCUUUGGUACCCUCUACCAGGGCUGCAGGUUAAAUAUGUGCACUUAGAAAUGUGCCAUAAUUUAGCAACAGUCAUAUCUGUGAAUAUCUGGUUAAAAAUCAAUCUAUGGCACUGGCAGAGUUUUAGGUCUUGGCGUGAAAUACAUAAUCAAUUCAAAUUUUAUCACCCGCACGAAAAACAAUGACGACUAGAGCGACGAAUCUUUGUACAUGUACUUGAUUCGCAAAUUUGUUAUCAUUUAUUGCCAAGGAUAGUAAAAAUAUUCUAAACGUGGAAUAUCCAAGUUAUUUUAUGGACUUCAAAUUCCUGCUCCGACACGUGAUAAGUGGAAAAUAUUUCAAUUCGUCUGUUCCACAGCGGUACAAACAAUCAAUUUGUCAUGAAUACUUGACUAUAGAAUGACAAUUAUUUCUGUUUUUUGUUCAUUAAACGCUUUUAGCACGAACAUCAAA